AUGCCUAAAAAGAUUAAAAAUCUAGAGGUUCUGGUCACCGAUGAAAAGGAAUACUACUAUCCUAAUGAUCAAAUUUCGGGAAACGUAUCAUUUCGAGCAACAAGCAACGUAUUAGUCCAAAAUAUUACCUUAAAAGUAUCUGGCAUUGCAGCUACUAAAAUAAAAGCCAAAGAUGUAUCUGGCCGUCAGUCGACAUUUCGCGACUGUUAUGUUAUCUUUGAACAGAAGAUAGUACUUGUUGGCGUAGAACAAGGAGGUACCUCGGGUAUACCUCAAGGGGAGCAUAGAUUUCCUUUCUCUUUCGUCCUACCAAGAAAUUUACCAUCGACUUAUCAGGAUGCAGAGCAACCGAAGCAUAUCCACGUUGCUUAUGGCAUUGAAACUAUCUUUAAUUAUCCGAAAGGAAAUUCUGAUAAAAAACUGAAACCGUUCACCAUUAGAAAUGUUAUCAAUAUCAACGAUCCAUGUUACUCGCAUUUACCUAAUCCUGUAGAACAAGAAACCCGAGUACGGCGCUGUUGCUGUGGAUCAGGAUCUAUCAAGUUAUUAGCAGUUAUUGAAAAAGUAGCAUAUCUGCCGUUGCAGCCAUGCCUCAUUCUUGGUGAAGUUCAAAACUAUUCCAAGCGAAAAGUUCCAGAUGUAACUGUUCAUCUAAUGCGCAUUGAGAACUAUAAAGCUCAAGACAGAUCAGCCCUGAAAUCGACAGAAAUUGCCAGGAUGUCUUACGGAGAGGUGAAACCAGGGGACACCAUAAAUUUGGAGAACAAGCCCUUUAUAGUGCCUGCGAAUAUUGCAUCAACUAUCCUUAAUUGCAAUCUAAUGGAAAUUACAUUCGCUCUGAAUUUCCUUGUAAUUGUACCCCGAGGUGAAAAUUUGACAGCUUCGUUUCAAGUGGUUAUUGGAACAAUGGAGGAAGAACCCAAUGGUACUACAACCGCCGAUAUCAGCUUGCAUCCUACGGAUAAUGUUAAUGAAGGUAGAAAUUGUAGUGGCUCUUUUAGCUCUCCCCCACCUUACUCAAGUAUUAUAGAAUCUGAACAGCUUAUCCAAGAUUCCAAUAUAGCACCUGAGGCCUAG